AUGCAGGCGACCGAUACUACGAAGACGGCGGAUGGCGCAAGCACGAUUGAUGAGACUGCACAAGUACCUGGACGUUCUGAACCGAGAUUGGAAGAACCGAAGAAGCAUUUCGAGAAUGCGUCCGCGAACGAUAACACGACCGACCAGACACAUACCCGCGAUCCAGAAAAGACCACGCCACCCCCAGUAUCACCACCAAACACCACCGACCCCUCACACCCAGAUAAAGAGAAGAGCACAGCAGAAGUCAUCGCAAAGGAAAAGACCGCCGAUGACACAACCCCCGAAGACACCACUCCCUCCUCCUCAUCACAAUACCUCUCCGGCCCCAAACUCGCCAUCCUAACCCUCGGCCUCUGCCUAACCACCUUCGUAAUCGCCCUCGACAACACCAUAAUCGCAACCGCAAUCCCCCGCAUCACCACCGUCUUCAACAGCCUCGAAGAUGUAGGCUGGUACGGAUCCUCCUACCUGCUCACCACCACAUCCCUGCAGCCCUCUUUCGGGAAGGUGUAUACCUACUUCGAUGUCAAAUACACGUAUCUGUCUGCUUUGAUCCUGUUUGAGGUGGGCAGUGUGAUUUGUGCUGCAGCGACUAGUUCGGCGAUGUUUAUUGUGGGGAGGGCGGUUGCGGGAGCGGGGGCCGCGGCGUUGUAUUCGGGGGGGAUGACGAUUAUUGGGUUUUCGGUCGAGUUGAGGAAGAGGGCUAUUUAUAUUGCGGCGCUGUCGAGUAUGUUUGGUAUUGCGUCGGUUGUUGGACCGAUCCUUGGUGGUGCGCUUACGGAUCGAGCAAGCUGGAGAUGGUGCUUUUGGAUUAACCUCCCGUUUGGUGCUGUGAGCCUGGGUGUGGUGUUCUUCUUCUUUACGAAUCCGAAGAGGAUGUACUCGCAUCUGCCGGUGAAGCAGCGGCUGAAGAAUAUUGACAUCGUGGGGGCUGUCCACAUCUUCUACCUCCCCUUCUACUUCCAAGCCAUCAAAGGCACCACCGCCGAAGCCUCCGGCAUCCGCACCAUCGCCUACCUCGUCAGCAUAACCAUCUCCUCCAUCGUAAUCGGCGGCCUCAUCACCCUCGUCGGCUGGUACGCCCCCUUCAUGUGGUUCGGCAGCGCCAUCUUCGCCAUCGGCGCCGGCAUGCUCUAUACCCUCACCGUCCACUCCCCACCCGGCCAAUGGAUCGGCUACCAGAUCCUCGCGGGUAUCGGCGCAGGAGCCGGUGUACAAAUCCCGUUUGUCGCCGUGCAGGUUGUUACGAACGAGAAGGAUAUGCCUACGGCGAAUGCUUGCGUCAUGUUUUUUAAUUCGCUGGGGGGCGCGCUUUCGAUUUCUGUGGCGCAAAAUAUCUUUGUUAAUACGUUGGCGAAGGAGGUGCCGAGGUAUGCGCCGGGGUUUGAUGCGCGCAUCGUGGCGAAGGCUGGGGCGACGAAUUUGAGGAAUGUUGUGCCGGGGGAUAUCUUGCCGGGGGUGUUGCAUGGGUACAACAACGCCAUCGUCACGGCUUUCAUAUUGGCGAUUGCGACGAGUAGUGUGGCGUUCUUUGUUAGUCUGGGUAUGGAGCAGAAGAGUGUCAAGGGGAAGAAGAUCAUGGCCGGUGGUGCGGCAUAG